AUGGCAACCCAUCGUGCUUCCGUUUCCCCUGCCAAGGGCCAACCUUUUGAAAUCCAACACCGCUCGACCCCGAAGCCAGGACCAGGCGAGCUUCUCAUAGCCGUCAAGUCGAUCGCCAUCAACCCAGCAGACGUACGCAUGCGGGACGAGGGACUCUACAUACCCAAGCACCCCGCUGUCCUUGGCUUCGACCUCGCAGGCCUUGUCGUCGAUGUUGGUGAGGACGUCCCCUCUCACUUUCAGCGCGGCGUGACACGAGUCGCUGCUUACUCUGCUUUCAUGUGGAAGCCGAGUGACGAAAACUAUGGCGCCUUCCAGGAGAAAUGCCUCGUCCCAUGGCAGCAAGCUAUCCCUCUUGCGGACGCCAGUCUUUCGUGGCAUCACGCAGCGACCUUGCCUGUUGCUGUCCAGGUACCGCUCUGCGCAUGGGAUGCUUUGGGAAUCUCUCGACUUGGUGAAGUCACGUCGCCUCCUUCCUCUGGAAAGAGUGAAGCCCUCUUGGUCUGGGGCGCCUCCUCGAGCGUCGGGACCAUGGGCGUCCAGACGGCCAGCCUGCUGCGAGACGACCGGAAUUCGCCCUUUUCAGCCGUCUACGCCACGGCAGGUUCUUCCAAUGUGGACUAUGUCGCUUCUCUAGGGGCAGAUUGUGUGUUCGACUACAAGGGCCCGCAAGUGGCGGACACGAUUGUCGCGAAAGCAAAGGAGAAUGGCCUCGUGAUACGCCACUGCUUCCUCGCUACCGGUCAGCUGGCAGCUUGCCAGGCUGUUCUCAAGGCUUUCGUGCCUUCAUGCCCGGAAAAAGGGGCGCGAGGAACACGAAAAGCAAAAAUUGCUUCGGCUCCUUUGAUUCCCCCUCACGCGGAGAGCGUCGAUGGGGUAGAGACCGUGUUUGUGAUGCCCUCCAUGGACGAGAAGGAAGGGUUGAAGCAAUUUGAGUAUUGGUUUGGGACAUAUCUCAAGGAUAAAUUGGCCCAGGGAAAAAUCAGGCCGAGUCCCGAACCGACCACCGUGGGAAAAGGUUUGGAGGCCAUCAAUGUAGGGCUAGACCAGAUGACCAAGGGAGUCAGCUGCACCAAGUUGGUCGUUGAGAUGUCGGAGUGA